UGUCAGUUUAUUUAUCCCAUUACCCUUGUCUAGAUACAAGUUUGUUUUGUGGUCCCAAACUCCCAAAUAAGUCAGUACUGUCAGUAGUUUUAGUUAUUGGGUUUUUGAUAUUUUGGUAAAUUUCGGAUUUGCAUUGCCUUGCAGGUUUUCGUAAAGUUUGGCUUCAUGUAUGGGACAUCCUGCUGUCUCCAAAACUAUAAUGUGUUUAGAUAAAAAUAGAGCAGUAUCCUAGUAUUUGUGUCUUUUGAAUGUCAUCAAGUCAUACAAAACACCUGCAAGAUGAAUGAAAACGAGGUAGAAGCAACUCACGUUACCGAUGGUUCGACUGGGUCUUCAAACAAGGAUAUAUCAGAAACUGGAAGUACACCAAACCCUAAAACUUCUGAAAAUGGAGCUGAAUGUUUGCAUUGUCAAGAUAAGCUGGAGAAGGAAGAGAUGGAUGAAAUCAUUGAUACAGAGUUUCCAAAAAAGGCUGAAAGUCUUUCUGAAGUUCAUUUGAAGACGGAUACUGAUCACUCACAAAAUCCUUCAGAGUCUAAGAAUAACAGUAUUUCAAUUUCUAAGGAUGAUGAACACAUGAUAAAAUUUAAGCAAAAUGAUCAUAAACAAAGGCACACGUCUGAUAAACAUAUUUCUGAGCCUUUCAGUAAAGAAAAUGAGAUUAGGGAUUUAAGGGAUGACGAUAUUUUUUUUGAAACACUUAAGAUGAGUCGUGUUCUUGAGGACAGACUUACAGAAAUACCUGGUGCCUUAGAGUAUAUUAAAAAACUACACCAUUUAAUUGAUAAACAUAUAAAGAAGAUACGAAAAUUAAGGAAGAAACUCAAUGAACAAACAACAAAGAAUUGUAAAGACUCUUUUACACAAACCGAUGUAGAACAUCCAGUUUUGGCAGUAUCUGUAUCAGAGGUUGCAGAAAAAGAAGUGAAAAUCGAAGUUGAAUCAAAACCAAAAAGCUUAGCAGAAGAUAUUGCUGAAGCUGCUGAAAUGGCCGUUCAGAAUUCUGGAUUUGUUUAUGAAGAAACAUCUGGAAUGUAUUAUGAUUAUAAUACUGGAUAUUACUAUAAUGCAGAAUAUGGAUUAUACUAUGAUGGAUCUACAGGCACGUACAUGAACUACAAUCAAGAUACACAGUCAUAUGAGUUUCACUCCCAAGUAUGUGUAGCUGAUAAUCGACAACCUGAAAAGAAAACCAAUCACCAAAAACGUAAAAACAAAGGAAAGACUGCAAAAGUAAAUCCAAUCAGUUGUGACUUGAGCUCCUUAGAGCAGUCCUUCAGUAGAUUGAGACUACAUACUCUACGCUCAACCGCGUUGGGUACGUAUGCACUCAGUAACACGUUGUAUUAUUUGUAGGAACAAUCAAAGAGGAAGUGCAAAGAGAACCAAGAGGGAUCUGGGGAAGACGAUGUUGAAGAAGGAGAGUGUUCUGACAGCAGUGCGAGUUCUGAUAUGGAUGAUGCGUCGUCUGAGCAUGAAUCUGAUUCUAGUGAGAUAGCAAAAGCAGCACCUUGUAUGCGCGUUAUAGUGGAAGCGACUGAAGUGCCUUCAUUGAAGGUCGGAUCACUCUUCAUUAUCACUCGAGAUGGUGGCACUUUAGGAAGAGAAGGGCACCAUUCUGUUCUUAUACCGGAUGUGAACGUUAGCAAACAUCAUCUCAAGUUUACAUAUGACCAGACGGAUGGAUGUUAUUAUGUUACUGACCUAGGCUCUAGAAACGGAACCUUGCUAAAUGGAAAACGGUUGUCGCCAUCAAAGCAAGAAAGUGAACUGUCGAAAAUUCAACAUGGUAGCAAAAUCCAGAUUGGUUCCACAAUUUUACUUUGCCAUAUUCAUGAUGGAAGUCAAACAUGUGGACACUGCGAACCUGGAUUACUCCAAAAACAGAAUCUUAGCGUAGGUGCGCCAAGAAUAAUAUUCAGAUACAAUAGAGCUGAGAGGCAUAAGAAUGAGUUGAAAAGUCUGAAGAAACUAUGCGGUAUAAAACCGUACAAUCAGGAUUCCAAACUAGCGGAAGGAUAUACUGAUAGAGCACAGAAACGAAGGGAUACAGUGGGAAGUCAAAAUCCUCAUGAGAAGACUCAGGUUGCUUCAGUGGACGAAUCAAUCUCAAAAGAGAAUAAAGGAUUCAAACUGCUGCAGAAAAUGGGCUGGAAGGAGGGAGAGUCACUGGGCAAAGAGAAUGAAGGAAUAGUUGAACCAAUAAAAGUUACAGCAAACCAGGGGACGACAGGUAUAGGCGCAGAAACAUCAACUCUUCCAGGAACAAAUGAAAAAUCUACUGUUUGGGUCAAGACUCAAGAACGAUUUAAUAAACUACCAGAAAGCAGAGACAUACUUGGAUUAGAUUCCGAUUAGCGUCUUUCAUUUUGAAUAUAUAAACUCAUCCAUUUUGUUAUUAGUAAUAAUUAUUAUUGUACAAUUUAUUGUAAAAUGUAAUUUACUGCCAAUGUUAACAACUUGUUACAAAGUAAUUUAUUUGUUGCAGUCUUAAUGAUAUAUUGUAAGGUUUGUGUAAACGUCAAAAUGAAUUAAAAAUGUAUUGUUUGUUGAAA